CUCACUGUUUUUACUUCAGUGUGUGAGGUGGAGGAAUGCAGGCUUUGGAGUGAGAAACCAAGAGAGAGAGAAGGGGGAAUUCAAGAAUCCAUUUAAUCCUCAGAGGUUGCCAGCUCCCUCUUUGCUGGAAGCUGAAGAUACUGUUAUCUAAUUACCCUGGCUAUGUGUAAUCACUGAGGUAUUGUGCAUUUGAGCUUGAGGGGACCUUAAAAACCGAUUUCAAAGAUUUCAUUCCAUGAUGGCUGAAGCACCGGUGAUGGACAACGAGGUCUAUAAUCAUUAUUUGACUGGUAUGACGCCGGCUGAAUUUGCUGAACAUCUCAAGGAUAGUUGCCCGGAAUUUGGCGAUCUAAAUGUUCAAGAGCUUCUCUUAAUGCAGGAAAGUGCCUUCCAAUUCAUUCAGAACAAAAACCAGAACAAGGACACGGCCUCCAGCUAUGGUGAAACUAGUGACGACAAUUUGGUUUUGGAACAUGAGAAUGAACUACCGCAUGGAGGAAGUAUCGAGCACCAAUUAGCUCUUGAUGAAGCCUUAGCAAGAGCACUGGAACUGGGGGACGACUUCAACUAUCUAUCUGUCAAUGAGGAUGCAACACCUGCUGUUACUGUUAGCGCAGUUGAUAACACAAGAUCAACUUCGAGAGCCACGCCUAGCAGGGCUGGAAGUCAAAACAUAAGGCAAGAUGACUUCGAUCCUGAUACAAUGACUUACGAGGAGUUGCAAUCACUGGGAGAAUCUGUUGGAAGCGAGAGCAGAGGACUUACAGCUGAUCUCAUCUCACGGUUACCAACAUUCAGACACAAAUCAAGCAAAUCUGGCUUGUUCUCGAAGAAAAAGAAGGAAACAGAAGAGUGUGUGAUAUGCCGUGACGGAUACAAGCAAGGAGCUAAAGUGAUCAGCUUGCCUUGUGCACACCAGUAUCAUUCAAAGUGUAUCAAAACUUGGUUGCAGCAAAACAAGCAAUGCCCCAUUUGCCAAAAGGAGGUGCAAGACAACUAGUUCAUCAUGUUAGCGCAGAGCAGAGCAAGAAGAAGUUGCAGCUUGCGUAAUCAAGGAUUUCGACUUUUGUUAUAUCAUCAUCGUCUGUGUUUAUGAACAAUCCCAGAUACACUGCCUUAUAUAGAUGAUAUUUAUAUCCCUCUGUUUUGUGAGACAGUCAACUAGAGAGGGAGAUUGAUGGAGUUUUCAUGUUCAAGUUCUUGAAUUA